UAUUCGACUGAAAACUCCGAUUGAAGCUAGUCGAUUCAAUUACUGCUGUUUUAAAUUUUCUAAAACAAAAAUUAUAUACACAAGUACACAAAUACAUAUUUAAAAAUGAAUAUCCGCAAUAUUCCACCAUUUGUUUUGAGCUUGGACUCAACACCAUACUUCAAUCACGAUAUGUAUCCAAAUCAUAUUUAUCGACGAUUCCACGAGCGUGAACAUCAUCCAUUGGAUUUAGCCACAUUGGGAUUAAUUGCGCGUUUGGGUCCACAUGCUCAUCAUUUGGUGGCUAACAAACACAAUCAAGAGCUCAAUGUUGCAAGUCGUUUCGGCAAAAAAGGCUUUGAAGUCCACCUUGACGUUGGCCUAUUCGAACCUGAGGAUCUUAAUGUGAAAAUAGUGGACGAUUCAUUGGUGAUUGAGGGAAAGCACGAAGAACGUGAAGACGACCAUGGACAUAUUUCACGUCACUUUGUACGUCGUUAUGUGCUUCCCAAAGGCUUUGAUCCGGAUACCAUUGUGUCGACAUUAUCAUCGGAUGGUGCACUGACUGUGCGUGUUCCCUCUCCGCCACCACCACCAGAAGAACAGAAAAAGGAGCGGAUCAUAGCCAUACAGCAAGUUGGACCAUCUGAAAUAUUUUCUAAAACCAAAAGUCAGGAAGAGGCCGACGCCUCUGCCGCAAAACUUUCGUCAAAAUAAGCAUACAUGUACUAUGUAUAAGUAUGUACAUACACAUGUAGUGAAGUGUAAAUCACAUACAUAAAUACAUACUUAUAAAAGGCAUAACUUUACAUUUCCUGCAUAUGAAUGUAUGUCUGUAUACAUAUUUAUAUGAACAUGUCAACAUUGCACUAAAUAGUUAUUUGAAUAACUGCCAUUUUUAUAUUUGUGCGUAUGGAUGUAUUUUAAAAUAAUAAGACUUCUGCUUAAAAAUACUAAAACUUAGAAUACAUAUGUAUUCACGAUGUAUUAUAUAGAACCUUUAAUAAUAUCUUAUACAAAAUAGUUCAUUUAUUAAAGCGCAUCCUUAUCCUAUUGGAAAAUCCUAUCUUAUAAAAUUCCAAGAGAUUAAAAAACAA